AUGGACCAGAUGGUCUCUCAAAAUUUAGUCGGCGGCGGUGAAACAGGUACUGUAGAAACGCCUUACGCAAAAGUUUUCCAAGAAAACAAGAUGAAUUUCUCACCCAAGUUAUCUUUGGGACGCACGAAUGAUGUGGACCAAAAAAAUGGACACCAAAUAGGUGCCCGUGUAACAUAUGCGCCGGGAUAUUCCACGCCGCCCAGCAUGUCCAAUCCCCAUGGCUUGCCAAAUAUUUGGCAAACCAGUAGACCCAAAACCUCUUCAAAUUUGGAAAUUGAGCUUGAUGAGCUCAAGUCCGAGCUAAGAGAAUACAAGGCAACGACCACUCAUCUCAUAAGUGCAAUUUCACUUGAUCUGUAUCGCAUGAAAACCAAGCAAGGCAAACACAACCAAAGCCCACUUAACUUGAGCGGUACAGACACACGACUGGCCCAUGAAAAUAAGGAAUUGGCCCUCAAAAAUAGAAUCUUGUUGGCCGAGAAUGCCGAGCUCAAGCGAGAAGUGGAAGUUCUUCGUAACCGGUUGGGUCAACGACAGCCAGGAAAUUUCGAUCUAGCCGCAAUAAAUGACCCUGACUUUUUCCCUGAUAACGAUACGCAAAUAUCAAGGAUUCCUCCCAAAUUCCAGCAAAGAGCGCUAGUCAGGGCGGAUCAGAAAGCCAUCGAGCACGUAAGGCAUGCACCAAGCGAACCAAAGCAACCCAUUGAUGCGCUUUGUAGCGGACGAGAAAGCGAAUGGAGCGCCUAUGAAGAGGCUGACGACACACAUUAUCUCAGUGAGCCCAGUCAGUCUAGCUGCCCCUCCGAUCAAGGUGACUCUGACGAAGAGUCCACUAUCGGGUUGACUGAAGAUGAGGAUGCAGGGAUGGAUGUCGAAUCGGACGAGGAUCAGACUGAUUGCGCAGAUCACAAACGCGAAAACUCAAAAAGAAUCGAGAACCUGGACUGGACCCAGUUCCACAGUCGGCGCCGAUAUUUGGGUAAUGACAGAGUUCAUAUGCCUAGUGAAGAGCUCACAUUCGACCAUCUCUCACCCGACGGACUCCAAGCACGAGAAGACGACAGCGCAUACCCGUUUGUUGUCAUACGACCAAACAUCUCACUGCAAAAUAAGACACCCAAACAGAUGCUGAGCGCCGCCGCGAAGGUGUUCCCACCUAGCACCGUCCGUUCAGUGGAAUUGCUGGCCCAUAGGUUCUGGAAAUUGUACCUGGAUAAAGAUACAAUGUUAGACACCAAAACGCUUGAGAAACUAGGCACAAUUCUCGACUUAACAAAGUGGGUCAAAGUGGUUAUCACCGGUUUGCCUGACCAUAUUACACCAAAACUCCUCAAAAAGGAACUGGAUGAUGGCUACAAAUUCCCAACUGCAUCAACACCUUUAGCGGUAGGGCGCCGCAAUGGCGUUUAUACUGCAAUUGUUCCUUUCAAGAACCCAGAUCAUGCCCAAGCGUUGGUGGAUUCGGGAUUCUUGUGGGAUUCUUAUAAACGCCGCGUUCGGCAUUAUGACCCAGGUCACCGUUCCAAGCCCCUAGCAUCGAAAACUGCCACGAUCAACCACUUACCGAUCAAAAAGCGCUUUUCAAGCCGCAACUAA